UGCUGCAGGCUCGGCGGACUUUACUCCGUCCUGAGGCUCAGUGGAGGCUGCAGCCGCGCUCUGCUCCGCGUCACAACACGGAAUACGCUCUCACUCCGGGGAGCUGCUCGGAUUAUCAGCGUUUCAUUUCAGUUUUUCCCGCGGAGGCAGCAGGCGUGACACCUGUGAAACUUUGAAAAAGAAAAAGCUGAGUGUGUCUGAAAGCUUUUUUUGAUUGAUGUUUUUUUUAUGUGACUGACGGAAUAAACCCGGAGACGAGACGUCAAGUGGAUUUUACACACGGGGGUUCGGGCGCAGAGACAUUUUGUUGAACUGUGAUUUUUGUGUCUUCUUGGGACGGCUUUUGCGCUCUUUCACCGACCGGGAACCUCAUGAUGCGACUUUUUCCUGGCGUGUGUGACCUGCCAGGAGCGAACAGGGCUGGUAAAAAUGUUACAGGGUCGUUAAAUUUAUUGGAACGUGACCACCGGAGAUGAACUUUCUCCGUGCUGCUCGCAGGAGCGCUGGUGAAUGAUUGACAGCAGAGGCUCUCCUGGCGCACCGUGCACCUUGUGGGACAAACUGGAUUUACUGUCAGGAGUUCAGCCUGUUUUGUUUUAAUCAUUAAGAGGCUGGAAGUUGCACUUUUUCUCUCUGUUGGAGCAGAAUGAACCUCUGGAUCUGAUCUAUUCAGCAGAAGUUUUUCUUUUUUCCCAGGUAUCCGGGAUGGACUUCUAAAUCAAAAGAAGCUGAUUUGUUUUUAUUUUCUUUGUUUUAUUGACUCUAAACUAAUCUCUCUAAAACAAUUGAAUACUUAUGUUCUAAAUGGCAUCCACGGUGAGGCAAGUGCCAUGCAGCCCGGUGUUCCCGAGGCCCCUCAUGCUGCUUCUGUUGCUGCUGUUCCGGCAUCCUGGUCUGACGUUAGGAGCCUCUAAGGAUCUGGUCUGUGAGCCCAUAACUGUGCCCAUGUGCAGGGGCAUCGGCUACAACCUGACCUACAUGCCCAAUCAGUUCAACCACGACACCCAGGAGGAAGUGGGGCUCGAGGUGCACCAGUUCUGGCCCCUGGUCCGGAUCCGCUGCUCUCCAGACCUGCUCUUCUUCCUGUGCAGCAUGUACACCCCCAUCUGCCUGCCAGACUACCGCAAGCCACUGCCGCCCUGCCGCUCCGUGUGCGAACGGGCCAAACGAGGCUGCUCCCCGCUGAUGAGCCAGUACGGCUUCGAGUGGCCCGAGAGGAUGAGCUGCGAACAGCUGCCCCAGCUGGGCGAUGAAACCCUGUGCAUGGACCAGAACAGCAGUGAGACCACCACCCUGGCUCCACCGUUUCCUAAACCAACCCCUAAACCUCGGACCAGAUCCCCCAGCCCCCCGCAGUGUGACAGGGAGUGCCGGUGUCGGGAUCCCCUGGUCCCCAUCAAGAGGGAGCCCCACACUCUGUACAGCCAGGUCCACACAAGCCCCAUACCCAACUGCGCCCAGCCCUGCCACCAGCCCUACUUCUCAGCCGAUGAACGCGCCUUCACCAGCUUCUGGGUGGGACUUUGGUCAGUGCUGUGCUUCAUCUCCACCUUGACCACCGUUGCCACUUUCCUCAUCGACAUGGAACGCUUCAAGUACCCAGAGAGGCCCAUAAUCUUCCUGGCUGCCUGCUACCUCUUCGUCUCUUUGGGUUACAUCAUCCGCCUGGUGGCAGGUCAUGAGCGAGUGGCAUGUGGUGCCAGCAACAGUGUUGGUGGUGACCAGCAGUAUGUCCUCUACGACACCACUGGCCCAGCUCUCUGCACCCUCGUCUUCUUGUUGGUCUAUUUCUUCGGCAUGGCCAGCUCCAUCUGGUGGGUGGUGCUGUCCUUCACUUGGUUUCUGGCUGCAGGAAUGAAGUGGGGCAGCGAGGCCAUCGCAGGAUACUCUCAGUAUUUCCACCUCGCCGCCUGGCUCAUCCCCAGCGUCAAGACCAUCGUUGUCCUGGCUCUAAGCUCUGUGGACGGGGACCCUGUGGCCGGAAUCUGCUAUGUGGGGAACCAGAGCCUGGAGAAUCUGAGGGGCUUUGUACUCGCACCUCUCGUGGUUUACCUCUUCACCGGCUCACUUUUCUUACUCGCCGGCUUUGUUUCCCUCUUCCGCAUCAGGAGCAUCAUCAAGCAAGGUGGCACCAAGACGGACAAACUGGAGCGUCUAAUGAUCCGCAUCGGGCUCUUCACAGUGCUGUAUACUGUACCCGCCACCAUCGUGGUGGCCUGCCUGGUCUAUGAGCAGUACUAUCGGCCCAGUUGGGAGCGAGCCUUGGCCUGCUCCUGCCCAUCUGAGCGCCAGCGUUCGGGCGUGGGCCCAGACUACGCCAUCUUCAUGCUCAAGUACUUCAUGUGCUUGGUGGUGGGUAUCACCUCAGGAGUCUGGAUUUGGUCAGGGAAAACCCUGGAGUCCUGGAGGAGGUUUGUGUCUCGAUGCUGCCCCUGCUGGCUGCAGAAAGCCACUGCUCCUCCAUCUAUGUACAGUGAGGCCAGUACCGCUUUAACUGGACAUACUGGAACUGGGCUGACAUCAGGGAUCUAUCAUAAAGCUGCUCCAUCCCAUAUAUGACCUGAGGCACAGUGACAUGUUGUCAGAGGACUGAUGUUCAGUCACCUGUCUGGAUACUGUGGAAUAAACUCCAAACACCCAAAAUGUGAGUGCAGACAAACAUCUGCUAGAUCAUGUACUUGUGUAUCAACGAGCCCUGAGUCUCAGCUCUCACAGAAAAUAGACAAUUGAGCUCCAAAUGAUACAGAAACUAAAGAAAAUCCAACACAGAAUAUCUAAAGGGAAGUCUGACUUUUGUGAAACUGACUCUGGUAGUGGAAACAUAUGAAGAAACUUGGUGAUAAAACAUCUUCAAAGCCCAGUGACACGGAUCCAUGGUGGAAUCACAACCCUGAACACUGGGACAUAAACAUAUUUAUUUAUGUAUAUAUUGUACAUUUUUUCUGUAAAAAAAAAUAAAAAAUAAAAUUAGCUGUAUAGUGUGUUGUUUAGUAUGUAACCAACCAAUGCCACUGCCACAAGCAAUGUUUAUGACCCCAGAGAACAAAUCUUGCUGGAUCUGAAUUGUAUAAACCUGUAUGUGCUGUGU